AUGCGGGGAAGAUAUCUUGAAAAUAUUCAAGUUCUUAAAGACUGUCAUCUAUAUUUCAAGAAACAAUAUGAUGGACUAGGUUCUACUUUUCCAGAGGAUAUCAUCUUUGGUGCGUUCAACCGUCUCCAGUUGAGAACAUUCCAAAGUAAUUCUGCUUCAACAUACAAAAGAGUAUUCUUAAAUAACUUGGUGGUACUUCCAGACAGACGAUUGAAAACUACCUUAAGAACUCAUUGA